UUUUUUGUUUUUUUCUUUUUUUCAUUUUUCUUUUAAUUUUUUUGUUUCAGUUUUUAGUUUUUGAUUUUUAUUUUUCGUGUGCUCUCCCCCAUUUUCCCUUCUGUUGUUAUUUUGUUGUUUGUUUUUUUUCCCCCUUUGUUUUAUAUUUUAGUUUUUAGUUUCUAAUUGUUGAUUGUUCUGUUGUUUGUCCUAUUUGUCUUUGUUAUUGUUCUAUAUUUUAUUCUUAAAUUUAGUGGUUAGUUUGUAAUUGGUUUGUUUUCAUCAUAUUUUUACAUUUUUAUAUCAUUUGUAAUUUUUUGUUUGUAUUUUCAUUUAUUUUUAGUGCAGUUAGUAUUUGUAUAGCUAGUAAGUUUAGUGAAGUUCGUAUUGCUGGUAGAGUUAAGUUAGUUAAGAGUUAGAGUUAAGUUAGUUAUUGUUGGUAUUUAGUGAGCUUAGUGAAUACUUUUUGAGUGCUAUUAAUAUUAGAUUAGUAGUACAUUUCAUGAUAUCAUAGAGUUAGUUGUCAGCGGAGGUAGUGCAAGGGCUGUGCGCACAGUCAGGGCUUGUGAGCGUAGUCAGCACAGUUCAAGUCCAAGCUCGCUAUGUCUAAGCGCCUCACUCCCCAGGGACGUGAAGCAAAAAUGUACCUGGUGCUGCGGGACCUCGGGCGGGGCGCCCACGCCCAGGUGAAGCUGGCGCUGCACGUGCUCACCGGCCCCAAGGUGCUCAUCACCGACGUCCGCAAGUCCAAGCUGCCCGACCUCGGGCUCCUGGCCCACGAGAUGGGUGCAUGAAGGUCCUUCACCACCCGAACAUCGUCGAACUGCUCCAGGUGGUGGACACCAGGGAGGAGCUGCAGCUCGUGAUGGAGUGCGUGGAGGGGGAAGACCUGCGGGAACACCUGAGCGAGCGUGGGUGCCUGGUGGAGGCAGAGGCCCGCCAGCUCUUUCGGCAGAUCCUCUCGUCCCUCAGCUGCUGCCACGCCAGAGGCAUAGCCCACCGCGAUGUGAAGCCCGAGAACAUUCUGCUGACCCGAGAGGGAGUCCAGGGCUUCCACAAGGCGCUGAGCUCGUGCUGCUGUCGCCCGGAGUACAGGGCCCCCGAGGUCUACCUUCGCCGGCGCUACAAAGGCUCCAAGGUGGACGUGUGGAGCCGGGCGUCGCGCUCUUGCAGAUGGUGACCGGCACAGUGGCCUUCAGGGGGCCAGCCCCGCGGAGAUCAGGGGCCGCGUCCUGGCCGGGAACGUCCACCUGCCCUCCGACCUCUCGGUCGAGUGCCGGGACCUACUAAGGAAAAUGCUGGCACGGGACCCGCGGAGACGCAGCUCCCUGGAGAGCAUCAAGCAGCACCCCUGGGUGGAAGGACUCCUGCCCUUCCGCGAGCCGUCCCUCGGCCACCAGGACCCCGCAUCAUAAAAGCCAUGGAGCGCCUGGGCUACCAGUGCCAGGAUAUUCAAGAGGCCAUUGAGGGGAGAAGGUACAAUGAAGUGAUGGGCACGUACCUGAUCCUCCGCUGCAGGAAGCAGGAGGGGGAAGAGGACCAGGAGGAGGAAGAGCGGCCAAGGCGCGUCACCUUCCGUGAGCCCUUCCCCCAUGGUGACCCCGAUUCCGAGGACGGCCCCCCGCGGCCUGAGGUUGCGGGGAAUACCCGAAGGCCAAGUAUCCUGAGACAGCGGGGGGUCCAGCAGAGGGAAAAGGCUGCCACCCCGGGAAACAGAGUCCCUGGGCUGGAGGACGCCCAGGCGCACACCACCACCUCCGGGCCAGGCCCCCUGCAGGAGGACGCCCCCGAGAAGACCAGACCCUCGGAGCUAGGCCCUGUGCAGGAGGACGCCUGGGAGGAGAGAAGCACCUCCGUGGCAGGACCCCAACUGGAGGGCGCCGGGGAGCACAACACACAAGUCCAGCUCCCCGGACCUCCAGCACCACCCUGCAACCUCCCCCAAGACGUGGCUGGCGCUGGACCAGUUCAGUGGCCCCUUCAGACACGGUCAGCCAGAUUCAAAAUAGCUGCCGUGCAAGCUCAGGUGUUUCCAGACAAGGGGGAGGGCCAGAGCUAGGAGAAUAAUUAACAGAAUAGUCAAAUUUUGUUGCUGCUGCCCAGCAUUCCGACAGGAAAGCAGCAAAGACUGAGGACCACCACACCCGGCAGAAGGCCUACCCCCACCCCCCAAAGCACAAUCACUCUGUGGCCAUGAUGAACAGGAGCACACCGGGAAGGGUGAGGCUUUGGAGAGGCUCAGGGGCUGGGCCCAGUCAGAGGGGCCAGGAGCAGCAUGAGACGCUCAGGACCGCAGCACAGAAGUCUGGGUGGCACCGAUGUCCCUGGAGCAGAGCAGGUGGCUGUGGCCUCUGGCUCUGACUCCACAGAGAGCCACUGUGGUGGCACCGGCAGAGCCUACAUAAGCCCUGCCUGGACUGCGGCUGUGUCCUUAGGAGCCAGGAAGCUUUGGGACAGUGAUCUGUGGACUUGGACAGAGAGUGAAAAUAAAUAAUAUAAUCCAAUUUUGCAAAGAUUUUGUGAGCUCAAAGAAAGAGAAUCAGAGCAGGAGUGCUAGGAAAUGUGACAAGCCCCGUACUCACGAGAGGAAUGAUUAUGAGUUGCCAGCAAGCCCUCUCCAGGUUUGCUGUAAUCAGUGGGCUGAUUUGAAGGUCAUGUUUAAAUCUGAGUUCCUCCACCAUCCCCUCUCUCUACCUUCCCAACACUGUCCUCUCCACAGUUCAGACCCUGUCCACAUUUCCAGGACUUUAGGUGCCUGUGUCAGUGAACAUCAGACACCCUGAUCUCUGACCAGAAUGCCAUUCAAAUUUCCAAGAUGACUAAAUGGUCUCUGAGAUAGUUGAUGACACAGAAGACUGGGGUGAACUAAGGUGACCUCACCUAGCCUAAAAUAUCUGUCAGCUAAUGGAAUAACUCAAGGAGAUGUAGAGUCCCUAAUGCAUCCCAACGAAAUCUGACUGGAGGCUUCCAUUGGCACGCCCAUAUUUUCUUCCCUUCUGAGUGAUAAGUCGAUGUCUUAGAAAUUCUAGCUACUUUGUUUUGUUAGUGGAAGGUGGGGCUGUCUUGCUUUUUUCUUGGUCUCAGCUCUUGGUUGAAAUUUUAGGAGAAUCCAGAACGGGAAAGAGGCAGGUUUCUGGCCCAGAGUAAGUGAGGGUUCUCUAAGGAGGCUUAGCAGGGAAGUGAAGGGUAUGAGGGAGCUGUAGGAACCUGCCCCCUGACAGGCUCUUAAGAAAAAGAGGCAGCAACACAUGACCCCCAUGAACUCAGUGUCAAAAUGCUAACCUAGCUUGAGAUGAUGCACGAGGAUUUCCCAGCCUGGCAUGGCCCAGACUUAGCGCCAUGUGUGCUGGAAGGACAUGGAGGGACAAGAAGAAAUGACCUUUUCAGCUGUAAAGUUGGCCCAAAGGUCAAGGACUGACAGGGAAGAUGACUGCCUCAGUGGAGAGCAAUGUGGACAGAGGGGCACUAAAGCCCCACUCUGGGACUUUCUACAUCUUCUCGUUUUCAGCGAUGCUCUAGAGGAAGGGAGGGUACAGAUGAGAGAGUUUCCAUCCAGCUGGCAAAGUAGGAUCAGGAAACAAAAGAUCCGUUAUGGACAAAUAAAGUUGAAAUCUUACCCACUUGGGCUGCAAACUGAGAAUCAUUCAGGGUAAAAGAAGUGGACUUUCCCAGCUUUUCUCCCUAGAUACCUAGCUAGCUAGCUAGCUAGCUAGCUA